UUUGUGCUCAGACUGAAGAGUCUUUUGCAGGCUAUCACACAUACAGUAUCACUGAACAUGGAGUUCUGUUUUGGAUUACUUCACACUCGAGGAUCUAAGACCUCUUCCUCAUGGAUCAGCUUGACCUUUCUAUGCUCAAUGCUGUGCAUAUGGUCUAGUGUAGACUGCUGGUCCUACGUCUACUCAAAUAGCACCAUGAACUGGCAGAAAGCUCGGACCUGGUGCCAGACAAACUACACAGACAUGGUGGCCAUCCAGAACCAGGAGGAGAUUGAAUAUCUCAAAUUGUGGCUUCCCAAAAAACCCACCUACUAUUGGAUCGGCAUCCGCAAGGUCAAUGAUGUGUGGACCUGGGUAGGGACCAACAAGGCUCUGACAGAAGAAGCGACCAACUGGGCAAAGGGGGAACCCAACAAUGGAAAGAAUGGGAAGGGUUCUUGGUCAAAUGAGGACUGUGUGGAGAUGUACAUCAAAAGGGAUCAGCAGCCAGGAAAGUGGAAUGAUGAGAGAUGCUCAAAGUCAAAGACUGCUCUUUGCUACACAGCUGCCUGUAAGAACGACUCGUGUCUUCAUGGAGACUGUGUGGAAACCAUCAACAGCCACAAAUGUGUUUGCCAUGAAGGCUUUUACGGAGAGAAGUGCGAGCAUGUUGUUCUGUGUAACAAAGACGAGGUGUUCAACCCACAUAAAGGAAAAGUACAUUGCACUCACAAAUGAGACUUCUCGUUCAAUUCCUCGUGCCAGUAUUCCUGCGAGGAAGGAUAUCUGCUGAGUGCACAAAGACCCCAGACAUGCAGCCUUAGGAAGUGGUCAGAGCAGCCUCCUACGUGUGAAUUGGUUCAGUGUCAGAAGCUGUCGCCUCCAUCAAGAGGAUCAAUGCAGUGCUCUUCUCUGGGCUCCUCCAGCUACAACUCCACAUGUGUGUUCUCUUGUGUUGAAGGUUAUGUUAUUGCUGGAUCUUCCUCCAACACUCUGCAAUGUGAAGGGUCAGGAAAUUGGAAUGACUCUCAGCCUUAUUGUGUUGCUGUUCAGUGUCCUGAUCUCAAGGAGCUAGAGAAUGGGGUUGUCAACUGUGGAGACAAUGCAGAUCUGCCGUUCAGCCAAGGAAGCACCUGCAGCUUCAGAUGUUCCUCGGGCUACCGCCUGGUGGGGUCAAGCAGGGCAACGUGCACGUCUGCAGCAGAGUGGAGUGAGAAGAUGCCUCACUGUGAAGCUGUGAGAUGUCCUGUUCUCGAAGAGCUUGAAAACGGUGAAAUCAACUGUUCAAACUGGCAAGAGUACAACUCACAGUGCUCCUUCAUCUGCGGCCAAGGUUACUCAUUAGAAGGACAUGACCUGCUGAUCUGUGAUCGCAAUGGCAACUGGACAGCAGAGAAACCCACAUGCCAAGCUCCAACUGCUCAGAUUACGGCCAUUGCCUCUGGUGUGGCAGCAGGGGGUACUCUCUUAUCCGGUCUGUCUCUGGCCAUGUGGAUCCUGAGAAAACUGAAGCAGAAAGCAAACAAGUUUGAGUUGAAUAGCAACUCUGAGAUAGAGCCUCCCCCACAGACCUACAAAAACAGCAUUGACAGUAGCUUCUUAACCGAGGCUACCUUUGGCUGGACAUAUCAUUACUCAAAAACGACCAUGAACUGGACAGUUGCAAGAGAGUGGUGCCAGGAGCGGCACACAGAUAUGGUGGUCAUCCAAAACCAGGAUGAGAACAACUACCUGGUCAAAAAGCUGCCAAUCAAAAAAAAGUACUAUUGGAUAGGAAUCACUAAACAACACAAGAAUGAAACCUGGACCUGGAUUGGGAAUAACAGCACAUGGAUAGGUAAUGAGUCAUGGGCACCAAAAGAACCCAAUAACAAUCACAGCACAGAGUUUUGUGUGGAGAUCUACGUGAACAACGACGCAAACAGAGGAAAGUGGAACGAUGAGAAAUGUGCUAAUAAAAAAUAUGCUGCUUGUUACAAAGCUGUGGAAUGCCCUCUCUCUCAGCCUGAUAAUGGAUACCUGAGCUGCUCCAAAGGAAACAGGAAAUUCAACUCAACCUGUCGCUAUGAAUGCUACUCAGGCUUCCUGAUGAUAGGCUCGCCAGCUCCUCUCAUGAUGCUGAUUGCUGCACUCCUUGUUUUUGCCCUAGACCUGAGCAGCAGAGGAGGAGCACAGGCAUGGUCCUACAACAUCAGUUCAAACCGCAGAUGGCUUGAGGCCCGUCAGUGGUGCCAGCAGCACUUCACAGAUAUGGUGUCCAUCAGGAACCAGGAGGAAAAUGACUUCCUCAACAAACGGCUACUAUUUACGAAAAACUAUUACUGGAUAGGCAUUAAAAAAGAGGAGGGAGAGUGGAUUUGGGCUCCAAGCAAAAACAAGGUACCCCAAGAAGCUCAGAAUUGGGCACAAAAUGAGCCAGAUAACAUUGCAGCUAACAGCUGUGUGGAGAUAUACAUUAAGAGGGAUACAGACCCAGGGAAGUGGAACAAUGAGCCCUGUCACAGGAAGAAGGGAACCCUCUGCUACGCGGAGUCUUGCACAAAGGAUUCCUGCAAUGCCCAUGCAGACUGUGUUGAGACUAUUGGGAACUACACCUGUAAGUGCCAUCCUGGUUUUACUGGAUCAAGCUGUCAAGAGGCAAUUGCAUGCGAGCCCUUGCUGGACCCAGAGCAUGGUUCUCAUUCGUAUAUCAAUCCCUAUGGGUUUAGUCGUUUCAACUCUUCCUGCCAUUUCCAAUGUGAACUCGGCUUCCAGUUGAUAGGAGUUUCCCGAUUGCUUUGCCAAGCUAGUGGUCAAUGGAACCACCCUGUUCCUCUGUGUCGAGUUAAAACGUGUCCAGAUCUAGACCACGUGAACAUCAGCUCAGGUAAUAUGAACUGCAGCCACCCCGUCGCACAUUACAGCUACAACUCCACCUGUGAGGUCAGGUGUAAUGAAGGCUAUGAGCUCAGAGGACAGGACCAGAUACGUUGUGACCAUACUGGCAAAUGGACAGGCAGUGUCCCAGCAUGCACUGUGAAAAAAUGUUCCCCCAUUCUGUUUCCUGUAACGGGCAACAUGUCAUGUGUGGACACUUUGGGGCCAUUCUCUUUUGGCUCAAAGUGUAACUUCACCUGCCAGGAAGGCUACAACCUGACUGGAGACAACACACUCACCUGUCUGGCCUCAGGACAAUGGAGCAAUCCUACACCGACAUGUCAAGUGGUACAGUGCAACAGUCUGAAGGCUCCACCAUAUGCCUCCAUGCAAUGCCAAGACCCUUUAGCAGAAUACAUCUAUGGCUCUAUGUGCACUGUAAAAUGUGUGCAAGGAUUUGACAUGGUUGGUGCAAACAUGACAAAAUGUUUAUCACAGGGGAAUUGGAGUCAUGAAGUUCCUUUUUGCCAAGCUAAGAUGUGUCUCACUCGGAGCUCUCCCUCUCAUGGCUCCUUACACUGCUCUGGUCCUCAUGGAGAGUUCAGAUUUGGCUCUCAUUGUACAACGACUUGCGAGAAAGGAUUUGUCCUGAAUGGGAUGGCAGAAAAUGAGUGCAACUCUCUGGGCAUGUGGAGCAGUACAAUUCCCCGCUGUCUGGCACAACCAUGCCCCCUUCUGGUCAAAGCUCCACAACACGGGAGGAUGAAUUGCAGCCAUCCAUACUUACCUUUCAGUUUUGGCUCCCUCUGUGACUUUGAAUGUAAUGAAGGCUUCAGGCUGAAAGGAAAACAAUCUCUGACAUGUAAUACCUCAGGUCGCUGGUCUCAGGAUCUCCCCACCUGCCAGCCUGUACAGUGUGGUACCAUUCAUGCCCUGUCUUUAAUCCUCUCAAUGAACUGCUCACAUCCUCUGGGAGAUUACAGCUUUGGCUCCCAGUGUAAUUUCACAUGCAAAGAGGGAUUCUCUCUGAAGGGUACGGAUGUGCUGUUUUGCUCCUCUGGCGGGUUAUGGAAUGACAAUCUACCUCACUGCACAGUGGUUGGUAUGCCAUUGGGGACUGCCCUGCUGACGUACACGGGUGUGGGAGCAGCCUCUGUUGCCGUUCCUCUUCUCCUGAUAGGCCUGGCUUUCUUGAUUAUUAAGCGGUUUAAGAAAAGAGGAGAUGCAAUCGUAUCUGAUUCACCAGCAUGGGGAGACAGAGAGAAUCCAGCAUUUGAAUUUUGAUUCUUUUUUUAUUAUCCUUUAUUGAGACUUUAUUUUUGAUGGAAUUUAUUUUAAGCAACUGCAGAGCGUAUAAUUACCUGCUUCUUAUUGCAUAUAUCUAAUAAUACAAGGAUUGCAGUAGGAUUAAGGGCAUAAAAAAAUAACUAAUCACAGAAGCCUUAUACUUUACAUAAUUAUCCACAUUGUCUAUGCAAACCUUUACUCUUUGUUUAUAAAUAACCCAAUCAAGAUACACAAUUUGUCCAUAAUAUAUUUUUCUAAAAAGAUGCAGAUUUGUGUGCAGCUUUAGCUUUUGCUCUUUGUUGAUGAGAUAAUUGUCAAUAAAGUAUCCACAUUUCUUGAA